AUGGAGCCGGGUAAGGAGCCCCGGGGGUCUGCGGGGGAGAAGCCCGGCGAGCCCGAAGCGGUGUCUUUCCAGGCCCGGCUGUGGAAGAACCUGCAGCUGGGGGGCAAGGGCCGGAGCGGCGGGGGGCGGGCGCUCGGCCGCACCGCGGAGCCCCCCGCCCCGCCGCCCGCCGGCCGGGGGGACCCUCCGCCCAAGCGGGGCGGCUUCAAGCGGCGGCGGCAGGUGCUGGACCGCGUCUUCUCGUCCUCCCAGCCCAACCUGUGCUGCUCGGGCGCCGAGCCCUCGGAGCCGGGCGGGGAGGCCGGCUCCGCCCUGCGCCGGCUGCGGGAGCAUCUGCUGCCCCCGGGCAAGGGUCCGCCCGCCCGCCGGGACCACCAUGAGGGGCAGGAGGGGCGGCGGCCCGCGGGGCACCUGUCCCACCAGAAGAGCUCCUCGCUGCCCGGCACCGCCUGCCUGGAGCAGCUGCUGCGGGGCUCGCCCGGCGCCGGGAAGGAGCCGCGGGCGGAGGAGGGAGACGGCGGCGGCAGCGCGAGAACAAAGCUGGUUGGAACGAGUAAUGCAGAUUUUCCCUCUGUGGACCCCGGAAUGUACCAACUGGACAUUACUCUAAGAAGAGGACAGAAUUUAGCAGCACGGGACCGUGGAGGAACCAGUGAUCCAUAUGUCAAGUUCAAACUUGGAGGAAAAGAAGUAUUUAGAAGUAAAACAAUACACAAGAACCUCAAUCCUGUGUGGGAAGAAAAAGCUUGCAUCCUUAUAGAUAACCCAAGAGAACCACUGUAUAUAAAGGUCUUUGACUAUGACUUUGGACUUCAAGAUGACUUCAUUGGUUCAGCAUUUUUGGAUCUCACUUCAUUGGAAGUAAACAGGCAAACAGAUGUUACUUUGAGUCUGAAGGAUCCCCAUUACCCUGACCAUGAUCUGGGAAGCAUAUUGUUGUCAGUUCUGUUGGCUCCUAGAGAAGAACAGCAAGAAGCGACCAUGCUAAUGAGGAAGAGUUGGAAAAGAUCAAGUAAGUUUCAGACCCAGAGCUUACGUCUCUCAGACCUGCACAGAAAAUCUCAGCUAUGGAGAGGGAUAGUUAGCAUUACCUUGAUAGAAGGUCGUGAACUUAAGGCCAUGGAUGCAAAUGGGCUAAGUGAUCCUUACGUGAAGUUCCGGUUGGGGCACCAGAAGUACAAGAGCAAGAUUGUGCCAAAAACUUUGAAUCCUCAGUGGAGGGAGCAGUUUGACUUUCAUCUCUAUGAAGAACGAGGUGGAAUUAUUGAUAUUACCGUGUGGGACAAAGAUGCUGGCAAAAAGGAUGAUUUUAUUGGCAGGUGCCAGGUUGACCUGUCAACCCUGAGCAAAGAACAAACCCACAAGCUGGAGAUGCCGCUGGAGGAGGGAGAGGGGUUGCUGGUGUUGCUGGUCACUCUCACAGCCUCAGCUGCAGUCACUAUCUCUGACCUCUCCGUCAACUCCCUGGAGGACCAGAAGGAGCGAGAGGAGAUACUGAAGAGAUAUAGUCCACUGGCGCUGUUCGGUAACAUGAACGACGUGGGAUUCCUGCAGGUGAAGGUCAUCAGGGCAGAAGCAUUGAUGGCAGCUGAUGUCACAGGUAAAAGUGACCCAUUUUGUGUAGUUGAAUUGAACAACGACAGACUGCUGACACACACCAUCUACAAGAACCUCAACCCAGAGUGGAACAAAAUCUUCACAUUCAAUGUUAAAGACAUCCAUUCCGUGCUGGAAGUGACAGUUUAUGACGAGGACCGCGAUCGGAGCGCUGACUUCCUAGGCAAAGUUGCUAUACCACUGCUGUCUAUUCAAAAUGGUGAACAGAAAGCCUACGUCUUGAAAAACAAGGAGCUGACAGGGCCAACAAAGGGGGUCAUCUAUCUUGAAAUAGAUGUGAUUUUUAAUGCUGUGAAAGCCAGCAUACGAACCUUAAUGCCCAAGGAAGAGAAGUACAUCGAGGAGGAAGACAGACUGUCUAAACAGCUACUGUUAAGAAACUUCAUCCGGAUGAAGCGCUGUGUCAUGGUGCUCAUCACUGCAGCCAACUACGUCAGCAGCUGCUUUGACUGGGAUUCCCCCCCAAGAAGUCUUGCUGCUUUUUUGCUUUUUCUUUUUGUGGUCUGGAACUUUGAGCUCUACAUGAUUCCACUGGCUUUGUUGUUGCUGCUGGCAUGGAACUACUUCUUGAUAAUAUCAGGGAAAGACAACAGGCAACACGACACCGUAGUGGAGGACAUGCUAGAGGACGAGGAAGAAGAGGAUGACAGAGAUGACAAGGACAGUGAAAAAAAAGGAUUUAUGAACAGACUUUAUGCCAUCCAGGAGGUGUGUGUCACUGUCCAGAAUAUCCUUGAUGAAGUGGCUUCAUUCGGAGAAAGGAUCAAGAAUACAUUCAACUGGACUGUCCCAUUCCUGAGCUGGCUGGCAAUUGUUGCCCUCUCCGUGUUGACCAUCAUCCUGUAUUUUGUUCCACUGAGAUACAUUGUCCUUGCCUGGGGCAUCAAUAAAUUCACAAAGAAGCUUCGAAGUCCAUAUGCAAUUGAUAACAAUGAGCUACUUGACUUUCUCUCCAGAGUUCCAUCAGAUGUGCAAGUGGUGCAAUACCAGGAACUGAAGCAAGAUCCCAGUCACAGCCCCAGCAAGAAGAAGAAAAGCAAUCCUGCCUAGCCAGCUCCACGUGCUGGGGAGACUGGGGGGAAGAUAAAAGAAAAAGCCUGCAGCCUAAGAAGCAUUUCCUCUCUCUUAAGCUUUUUAUUUAUUUUGCCUUUUUACCUAGCAGGGAGAUUUUUGUAAAUACUGUAAAAAAGGCAUUUCUCAUUGCAGGUGUGUUUCACACGGUAAAGGCACAUUUGGUGAAGGUUUCAGGUGGAGUUUUUUUGCCAUUUUGAAAAGCCUUGUUAGAAUCAGCGUAAGAAUCAAAAAGGAUCAGUCUGGAGUGCUAAUUGUGCUGCUUGAUUGGCCAGAGGUACCUGAUGAGAUACUCCAAUCACGCCGACCAAAAUCUGCAAAAGGUGUACAUUGAAAUCUGACUCAAAAAUUCAGUCAGAUUUUAUCUGUGAGCACUGAUAGUUUUUAUUCAGCCAGUCACCAUUGCGAUUUUCUAUGUUUUAUACAUUUCAAGAGAAGUACAACGUAGUGGAGCCUACUGCACUUAAGUUUUAGCAGAGUUUUUUGAACUCCAGACCCUGAUGUUAACUCCUGGUGCAGUGUUUUCCUGUGCAGUGGGGCUGCUCGUGAGAUGAUGAGAAACACCAAGUGCAAAAAUCUCUUUUCUGGAGCUCCCAGCAGAAGUUCCUGCCGUUUUUAUCAUUCCAUUAUAAGACCUAAAAAUCUCUGUCUCUUUCAAAAAACUGCCAGGUUUGUAACUGACUGCCUCUCUGAUUUUUUCUAUGUGUACCAGUAACCUUCAUUUGUACUACAUGGUUUAGUGAAUGAAGUUCAUAGUUCUGCCGUAAUGGAAAUACUAACAAAUUAACUCCAUGUUGCUUUGGGUGUCAGGCUAUGAACACCUUCUGUGCACAUAACUAUUUUAAUAUGGAAAUCUUGCAGGAAAUGUUUUGGUUUGUUGGUUGUUUGUUUUUUUUUUUUGCUUUCAAAUCACCAGAUCAUAUUAAUAAGCAUAAUGAUAUCACACAUUACCUGUUACCAAUGUGAAAUAUAAGUGUAGAGGAAAAACAAACAAAAAAAUGCAGCUGUGGUAAAUCUGAUACUCCAAGUUUAUUUCCUUAGCUAAUGAUGUAGUCAGUUCUUCUGAAACAAUUGUGCCCUGCUGCAUGGAAACUGCAUUAUUUUAUAAAUUUCAUGGGACGUGGAUGAGAAACGUUUACAUUUCAAAUGUCUUAGUGGCCACUGCAUAACGAGUACUUGGGGAUAUACUCUGAUAGCUGCAUGUAGACUUCCACGCUCAGCUCCCCCAUCUAGUGAGCAGAGGCUCCAUCCCUAAGGGAUUCCCUGUGCACAGCUGUUAGUUGUAGCUCCUGGGGACAUUAAAGGGGAUUUUUUUUGCCCGGGGGAGAACAGCAGGAUCAUGUCCUGGAGAGGAGCCGCUCCUGUGGGUCCUCUCUGGGCUACCUACCAGUCAUUGGUUGCCAUUGCUGAUGAAGUUAUAUUGCACUACUCUAACUAUACUUUUUGAACAGACUAUUUAGAAAUAACUUUGCGAGCAGAUGUGUAUAUAUUUAUCUAAAGAAUUAUAUGUUGGCUGCAUUGCUCAUGACAGAUCAUCCUGGGUUUGUUUCUUUUACAGCUACGUUGGUAGCCGGUUCCUGGCACGACAGGCUAUUUUGAUCCCCCUGUUUGUCUGUUUGAAAGAAUGCUCAGUUAUGGCUCUGCAGAAAUUCUUAACAGCUGGACAUGCUCUCGUUACAACCUGACUUUAAAGAAUUUAUUUACAAAGCUUGUGUAACCACCUCUCCACUUUAUGCUGCCCAAAGAGCCACUUACUAUUGAUGAAGACGGAAUCAGUGACGAGCCUGUUUUGUCUAAAAAAAGCCAAACUUGACAAGGCACAAAGGUUUGUUGCCAGCUGUCACUUCUGCAGGGUUCUCUGAUAGGCUGCAAGCCUUGUACCUUCUCAAUGUUGCCCACCAGUCUGUGUGCAGUUCCCUGUUGUGUUUUCUUUCUGUACUCAGUUCCAAAUGUGGCAAUGUCUGAGUGAGUUAUACACAUUUACUGCAUUAAACACACUUCUGAGCAUCUCUCUA